AUGUCUAGUCGCCAACAGAUCGACUCCGUCAUCGACGACGAUGAUGAAUUCUGUUCGAUCUUUCAGACAAGAACUUCAGACCCUGUCCCUGUGGAUAUCAGAUUUGCCAAUUCUGCUACAAUAACAUCAAAACCCACAGCGAAGAGGGCCGAUGCCCGAACUGCCGCCGCCCUUACGAUGACAGCUGAUUUGGCACUGAAACACCGCAAAGCCGCCGCAGCGAAGAAGAAGGAAGCCGAAAAGCGCGAAAUCGAAGCUUCUAGCCGCAAGAAUUUGGCAGGCGUUCGAGUAGUCCAGAAGAACCUGGUCUACGUCAUCGGCCUCAACCCCACCAUCCGCGACGAGAACCAACUCCUUCAAACUCUGCGUGGGAAGGAGUAUUUCGGACAAUAUGGCGAUAUCGAGAAGAUUGUGGUCAGCAAAGCUAAACCCGGUGGCAACCCCCACCAGGGCAUUGGUGUUUAUGUCACGUUUUCUCGAAAGGCCGAUGCUGCAACAUGUAUCAAUGCAGUGGAUGGUUCCGCUAAUGGCGACAGGAUUCUACGGGCCCAGUACGGAACGACUAAGUACUGCUCAUCCUUCCUUCGCAACGAGCAGUGCAAUAACCGCAACUGCACGUUCCUGCACGAGACCGGGGAGGAUAGUGAGAGCUAUAGCCGCUCGGAUCUCUCAUCCAUGAACACAUUAUCUAGCCAGCGCCAGAACGUCCCUCAGGUCCCGCAGCCGCGUCCUGUUCAGCCGCUAUCUCAUCCAAUGCGCCGCCAACCGUCUAAGGAUGACUCGAUUAGUGGACGUCAAUCUAUUCCCGAUGGACCUGCACUUCCUUCAUCGGCAAGCUGGGCGAAUAGGGAUGCUUCUAUCAAGGCUAGAAGACCCAGUUUAUCUGGCAGCCAGGCCUCUCAGAGCCCUCGUCCCGCUUCUGUUAACGUUGCAAUAGUAACAGAAGAAUCGAAGCGCACAGAGAAGCCGUCCCCUAUCACCCAAGAAGCCCAGCGUGUCACCUCACAGUCUGAUACCAGGUCGCCUUCGAGCCAAACAAGACCCCGCGAAGCCAAGCCCGAGCCGGCUUCUCCCUUCGAUAGCCUCAUCAAAGAGCUCAUGUCCCCCGAAUUUCGAUUUGUUUUCUCUGCAUCUGAGCUUCCCGCGGACGAGCUCAAAGCGAUUGAGAAUUACCCUUCCUUCAUCGAUCCAUACGGGGGUGUGAAGCGCCGGGCGAUGCGCGAGAAGGCCGAACAGGACCGCCUCAAGCGUGAGCAGGAGCUUCUUCAAACUGCUUCAGCAGAGGAGGAAAGUCGGGAAGCUGGCAGCUUGCAGCUUGGUGGGGAGCCGGAGGAAGGUAGUCAACCACGCGGUCGCCCCACACGUGAAUUGCACGGCGCCAUUCAGCCCCCUUCCCAGCAGGGUACAGCAGAAAAUUCAACUGUUGGCUCUCCAGUCUCCGCCACGAGCCACCAAUUCCAGGGCUUGAAUUUGGCUGGCCGUAGCUUGACCCCGCUUCAACAGCAGCAAUUGAUGCUCCUCAAGUCCGCUGGCAAUCAGCAAGCUGGAUUGUCCGACCCGCUGAGCUCCGCUGCUUUGGACCAGGCCGCUCAAGUGCGCCAAGGGCUUAUGCAAAGCCAAAUGGCACAGUUCAAUGCGCUUCAGGCCCAAAGCCGCCAAGGUGCUUCCCGAUUCUCCUUCGCAAACGAGGUUGGUUCGAAGAAUAUGACCAACGCUCGCAUGUUGAGCCAGAUGCAAUCUGGUACCCCAAACCCGCUCUCUGCGCCCAGCCCCCAGCAUGCCGUGGGCGGCGGCUUCUACGCAAGUGGUGCUCAAGGCCCGCCUCCCGGUUUGAAGACUGCUGGAACACCUCCCAUUAGUGGUGGCGGAAUGUUCGCUCAGGGCCACGGUUUCACAAACAACAAUGUUGGCCUGGGUUCGACCAUGAGUAAACAAGAUGCGACUCCCGAAUUAAUGCGUGAAUUACUUCGUGGGCGAAGUGCUACGAAUAUUGGCGGUAUACAGGGCCAGGAGGCCGCAAAGCGUGAGUUCAUGUUCCCUUUCCUUCAACAGCACCAAACCCCACCUCCCCUGACUCCCGUCAAUGGCCUUCUCAGCUCUUUCUAUGGGUCCCAGGCAGGCUCAGCGCCUGACUCUGGUGGCUCACAGAAGCAGAAGAAGAAGGGGAAGAAGCAGAGACACGCUAACACUUCCUCCGGUGGAGGUGGUGUAGUAGAUCUCGCGGACCCGAGCAUUUUGCAGGCGAGGAUGCACCAGGUCGGUGUCAAUGCUACUGCUGGGCAGGCGUUGUACGGGAGCCAGAGCCAAGGUGGGUACAAUCCCUCCAUGAUGUACGGCGGUGUAACUGAUGAAUUUCCUCCGCUCGGCGGAUCAUCGAAAGACGCUGGACCCGUUGAUCCAUUUGGUUUCCUCAAGUCCCAGCUCCCUAGCGAGUCGGCUGGCCGUGUUGGAACCCCGACCCUGCCUCCUGGUCUUCCUCUACCUCAUGCGCAUCCGGCCUCUGCAGCUUUCCAAGAACAUAUGAGCUCAUCAAAGCCGGCAUCCCCAGCCCCCAUCGUGCCACCAGGAUUGAGUGGCAAUUUGUCGCGAGUUGGAACUCCCUCGAAGCAAAAUCAGACAUCUGAAUCUCGAGCCAUGACUCCUGAGAGGCAUAGUCGGAAUGCUUCCACAUCUGCUCGUAUACAGGAUGCCUCCCAGAUUUCUCUUGGAUCUCCGAUCGCGAAAUCCGCUCACAAAACGCGGCUUCAUGCUAAGGGCGACCUGCGUCUUGUGACGGAUGAGAAAGAACCCUUUUCACAAGUCGAUCAAGGUCUGCUCAUUGGCACAAAGGAAAGCCCUGCCAGUGUAAGCGUGCCAUCGGCUACCCAGGAAGCUGCUUCCACCAAGUCUGAGCGUGGUUCCUCAGGCACCUUUGCCUCCGCUGCAGGUUCAACUUCUGCGAUAGGCUCAAGGCCUAAUACACCAUUGACCACUGCCUCGGGAAUUCCUGAGUCGUCCGCUACUCGUCAGCCGCGUAUUCUACGAGUCGUUGAGACUCCGAAGCCCGCCCCUCCUCCCCCAGUCGGCACUGCACCAUCCGUUGCGGCCUCGACCACCACCGCCGACAAGUCUCGGUCUCAGGAGACAGAUCGACCGGAUACUCCGGGUGACUACGGAUCUGAAGCUGACUUCUUCCCUUCGACAUCGGCAUCCCGUGCCAACUCUCCCCCUGCUUCGUCUCGGAUCGGCUCCGCUCCGGUGCGCUCCAUCACCAAGAGCCAGGCUAAGAAGGAGAGACGGCAGAAGGCGAAGGAAGCCGAGGCCAAAAAUGUUGAGACUGUGCCUGUUCCCCAAGAGCUCGUCCAAGCUCCAAUCAUGGGCAGAAAGCGAAAGACCAAAAAGGCUACUUCUACCCCCACCGACUCCGCUGACGGACCCGCGGCCAGCGUUGCUGAAAGUGCGAGUCCUAUCAAAGCCUCCGUCGGACCUCCGAAGAAAGACGAGUCCAAGCCCGAGCCUCCUAAAAAGGUCAAGGAGAAGGAGCAACCCGUGCCGGAGAUCAAGCAGGCGCGUACAGAAGCCCCAUCAGCUCCGCCAAAGCCACAUGUUGAAGAAGCCUGGCAUUCCCACAAUACCGUGCAACAAGCUACCAAAGAUGCGGAGGAGUCUGGCCGUUCUAUCAAAGAUAUUUUAUUGGAAAGAACGAAGCCUCUUCACGAGAUACUUGCUCAAAUGCAUAGAUCCGGAUCGUUGGAUCUCAACAAGAGUCUGCUAUUCAAUCCCGUCGGCCUCGGCCAGCGUACAGAUAUGAAGUGCACAGCCGAUGAUUAUGACCAAUUGAAGAAACCCCUUGAAUUGACUGAGGAGCACCGCAAAGCUUUGCGUCGCGGUGAGCCAGUUCACAUUGGCAAUGGCCAGCUGAAGAAUCGUUGCUUGAUUACUCCCCGAGGCUCCGUGCUUCGUCACCUGGAACCCGAAGAAGAGGCGCGUUAUCUUCAGUUGGAGAAGCAGCAGGAUGGAUUCACCGACCCAUUCGUGGUUGGCGAUGACUCUAGCAAUAUCAAUGGAGGUCUCGAGGCCCUUUUCGCGACUCCCGAGAAAUACAAUAUUCGCUGGGUGGAUGAACCGGCCCGCCUGGGCGCUACUUCUCCCACCACUGCCCUGACCGCUGCCCUAGGCGCUGCAGAGAACGUUGUUCCCCCAAAUGUUUUGUCCGCCAUGGAAGCCGACAGCACCCGGAAUCACGAUUGGGCUAUCGCCCACUCUGCCGAGCUUCUGCAGACUACUACCGAUGCUGUGCGUUCCUUUGCUGCUGCCACGGCCAAGCAAAUCCUUGGUACUGCCGGUAUUCCCUGCGCCAACCCCAGCCUCGAAGAUGUCUCUGCUAUGACCAACGAAGAGCUUAAGGAACUCUCUGGUCGAUCGCAGAAGGACCUGGAGAGCACCCGCAAGGAGAUCGACUCGCUAGACAAGAAGUUUGCGGCCCUGCUCCGCCGGAACAAGAAGGUCCAGCAACAGGCGCUAGCGAUUGUUGACUCGUCGAGUUGA